UCCUGCUCUAGAUGCUGAAGUACUGAUUUUACAUGCCGAAGAACGGAUCAUCACACCCGGCGGAAACACACUCAAGCCACAUAUUGAAUCCUCCAUUGGAAUUGACAAAGGACUAUUCAACUCUCUUACACACGUCAGCGGCACAAAGCUGAACAAACCCCCCCCCCCCCCUCCUUUCUAAUAAUCACAAUCACAAUGGCAUCCCCAAUCAAGCCCUUCAAGAUCGAGGUCCCCGACUCCAAGAUCCAGGAGCUGCACGCCAAGCUCGACAUCGCCACGUUCCCGCCACAGUUCGCCCUCACCGAGAGCUGGGACUACGGCACCCCCGUAUCCGAGGUCAAGAGGCUCGCCGAGCGCUGGCGCAACGGCUUCGACUGGCGCGCCGCCGAGGCCCGGCUGAACGAGCUGCCCCAGUUCACAACGACCGUCGCCGUGGACGGCUUCGGCGACCUCGACAUCCACUUCCUGCACCAGAAGAGCAAGCACCCCGGGGCGGUCCCCUUGAUCUUCGUCCAUGGCUGGCCUGGUAGUUUUCUGGAGGUCCUCAAGAUCCUGCCCCUGUUGACGACGGAGAAGAACGGGCUCUCGUUUGACGUCGUCGCGCCUUCGCUACCCAACUUUGGCUUCUCCGACGGUCCGGUGAAGCCAGGUUUCCGCAUGCCACAGUACGCCGAGGUCAUGCACAAGAUCAUGUUGAAGCUCGGCUAUAACCAAUACGUGACACAAGGAGGUGACUGGGGCUUCGGCAUCACCCGGUUCAUGGGUCUCCAGUACCCCGACCACGUCCUGGCCUCGCACAUCAACAUGGUCUCGGCCUUCCCGCCGUCCCCGCUCAAGAACCCGUGGCAGUACAUCAAGAGCCUGUUCCCGUACACAGAGAAGGAGAGGAAGGGUAUCGAGCGCAGCCAGUGGUUCAACAAGGAGGGCUACGGCUACAACCUCGAGCAGAGCACCAGGCCCUCGACGCUGGGCCUCGCGUGGGCCGACUCCCCCGUCGCGCUGCUCUCGUGGAUCCUGGAGAAGCUGCACGACUGGACCGACGGCUACCCGUGGACCGACGACGAGAUCCUGACGUGGAUCUCCGUCUACCAGUUCUCCCGGGCCGGGCCCGAGGCCAGCGCGCGCAUCUACUACGAGGUGGCGCACCCGAAGCGGCCGACGGAGCACAUCACCUGGGUGCCGCGCGUCAAGCUGGGCCUGUCCAUCUUCCCCAUGGAUCUGUCCGUGCCGCCGCUGAGCCACGCCAAGACGCUGGGCCCCGUCGUCUUCGCCGUCACCCACGGCGACGGGGGCCACUUUGCCGCGCACGAGAGGCCGGAGGUCCUCGUCAAGGAUCUGAGGGACAUGUUCAGCAAGGGCGGCGGCGCGCACGACGUGGCCGUGAAGCUGUCGAAACAGAGCAUCUCAGCCAAGCUGUGAAAUGGGGGUGGGGUUUCCAGAUGGUCGAUGCCGAUAGUGAAAAGAAUCACAACAAAGUUCCAUAUAACUACACAUAUACAAAAGAUGACAAUAUGCAUGGCUGGCAGCUGCACAU